AUGAGGAAGGAAACAGAGUGGCACCAAGCCUAAGCCACAGCCACGGACGGGACGUUUGUUUACACGGCGAACGUUUAAGGGGAGACAGAAGAAAACGUUGGCACUCGUUCUCGGUGUUGUUCCCUGGCGCUGGAGAGACGGAGGGUGAGCCAGACGUAAAAAAUCACUACCAGCACCUAAUUAAGACCGAUCAGAGUAUAGACAGACAGAAAACAACAGACCUAGACGUGAGAGGAGAGGCCAGCACCAACCCCCGCCUUAGCACCACCUCAGCACACGUGAACACCCAGCACUCCAUGACGGCCCCCAUUCUGCUCACCCAUUACCCACAUAAGACUUACAACACACACAGACACAUCACGGCCACGGAGACCAGAUAAGUAAGUGGUCUGCCAAGUCAGCACCACAGCAGCCAUGGGGGACGCAGCACUGCGAUCAUGGGUGAGUCAUCGGCUGCACCAGGUGAUGGGGAUGAGCGACGCCACGCUGGCCGAAUACCUGAUUGAGCUCUCCCGCCGCCGCCCCUCCAAGAACCAUGUCCUCGCCGAACUCAAGGAGGAGAUACCUGUGGACAGCAAGAUCGAGGAGUUUGUGGAGGAGCUGUGGGAGCGCGUCCAUGGCGGCAGCAGCAGCGGUGGAGGUGGUGGCACCAGCAGCGGCAGCAGUAGGGUAAAGUCAUCACACAGCAGCCAGUCAAGUGGACAAAGGAAACGCAAGGCUGAGGACAGCUCAGACUCUGAGGGCGAGGGUCCACAGCUGCUGCCCAGGAAGGUGAAGGACGAGGAGCUGACGGAGGAGCAGCAGCGCCUGGUGGACCUGGCUGAGAGGGACGACUUUGCCCGGCGUCUGCGGGAGCGGGACGAGGACCGCACCAAGAAUGUGGCCGAGAAGGGCGACCAGAAGGCAUUUGAGGAGGCUGCUCGCCGCCUCCAGCUGGAGAAGGAGGACCGCACCAAGGCCCUGCCCCGGCUGAGGGUGGAAUCCCGGCGGAAGUACCUCAUCAAACGCAAAGACGACAAGAUUAAGGAGCUGGAGGCCGACAUCAAGGACGAAGAGUACCUGUUUGAGGAGGACGACCUGACGACGAAGGAGCGCAAGGAGCGAGAGUACCGGAAGACGGUGCUGCAGCUGGCCAAGGACUAUGAGACGGUGCGGGACGCCGAGAAUGUGCAGCGCUACGUCAUGCCUGAGGAAGGCACCAGCGUGGACGACGCCUACGUGGAGGUGGACGAGAGGGAGAAGAAGCGUAACUACGAGCAGCAGAAGUGGGAGGAGGACCAAAUGCGUGGCACCUCACUGUCCUUUGGUGCCCGGGACAAGGCCAAACGGCACCAGGAGCAGAGGAAGGAGUACCACCUGGUGCUGGAGGAUGAGAUUGAGUUCAUCAAGUCACUCCCACUCAAGGGCACACGCAAGAAGACAAAAAAGAAGAAGAAGACGAAGGAAGAAUCAGACUCCAGCAGCUCAUCCUCAGAGGACGAUGAAGAGGAGGAGGAGGAGGAGGAGGAGAAGCAGCCUGAGGUGACAAAGACGGAGAAGAGGAAGAUGAGUAUACAGGAGGUUCGUCGCAGCCUGCCGGUGUAUCCUUUCCGGGAGUCCCUGCUGGCAGCCAUUCGUGACCACCAGGUGUUGAUAGUGGAGGGCGAGACAGGCUCGGGGAAGACAACGCAGAUCCCGCAGUACCUGUACGAGGCUGGCUUCUGCGAUGACGGGAAGAAGGUGGGGUGCACGCAGCCCCGGCGAGUGGCAGCCAUGAGCGUGGCAGCGAGAGUGGCGGAGGAGAUGGGGAAGAAGCUCGGCAAUGAGGUGGGCUACAGCAUCCGCUUUGAGGACUGCACCAGCGAACGGACGCGCAUCAAGUACAUGACAGACGGGAUGCUGCUGCGGGAGUUCCUGGCGGACCCAAGCCUGGAGGGUUACAGCGCCGUCAUCGUGGACGAGGCCCACGAACGCACGCUGCACACAGACAUCCUCUUCGGCCUCCUGAAGGACGUGGCGCGCUUCAGGCCGGACCUUAAGCUGCUCGUCUCCAGCGCGACGCUUGACUCGGAGAAGUUUUCGGACUUCUUUGACGAGGCGCCAGUGUUCCGCAUCCCCGGCCGACGCUACCCAGUGCACAUCUACUACACCAAGAGCCCCGAGGCCAACUACAUUGAUGCAGCGGCCGUGACGGUGCUGCAGAUCCACAUCACACAGCAGCUCGGGGACGUCCUGGUGUUCCUGACGGGCCAAGAGGAGAUUGAGGCCUGCCAGGAGAUUCUGACAGAGCGUGUGCGGGCCCUCGGCAGCCGCAUCAAGGAGCUAAUCAUUCUGCCCAUCUACGCCAACCUUCCCUCAGAGAUGCAGGCAAAGAUCUUCGAGGAGACACCCCCAGGGGCCAGGAAGGUCGUCCUGGCCACCAACAUCGCCGAGACAUCCCUCACCAUUGAUGGCAUCGCAUAUGUCAUCGACCCGGGCUACGCCAAGCAGAACUACUUCAACGCCCGCAGCGGCAUGGAGUCCCUGGUGGUGGUGCCCAUCUCCAGGGCUUCAGCCAACCAGCGGGCGGGCCGGGCAGGCAGGGUGGGGCCAGGGAAGUGCUUCCGUCUGUUUACCAAGUGGGCCUACGAGAACGAGAUGGACGAAAACACCGUCCCGGAAAUCCAGCGUGUCAACCUCGGGAACGUCGUCCUCCAGCUCAAGUCCCUUGGCAUCAGCGACCUCAUCAACUUUGACUACCUGGACCCCCCACCAGCUGAGACGCUGAUCCUGGCUAUGGAGCAGCUCUACGCCCUCAAGGCCCUCAACCACAAGGGGGAGCUGACCCUGACCGGCCGCAAGAUGGCCGAGCUGCCGGUGGACCCCUUGAUGGCCCGCAUGAUCUUGGCAGCGGCCCAGCACGAAGUUGUGGAGGAGAUACUGACAGUGGCUUCCAUGCUGUCCGUCAAUGGUGCCAUCUUCUACCGGCCCAAGGACAAGGCCAUCCACGCAGACACGGCGCGGAAGAACUUCUUCCACCCUGACGGCGACCACCUGACACUGAUGAACGUGUACAAUGAGUGGGCGGGCACGGAGUACUCGUCCCAGUGGUGCUACGAGGUGUUCAUCCAGUACCGCUCCAUGAAGCGCGCACGGGACAUCCGGGACCAGCUGGUUGGCCUCAUGGAGCGCGUUGAGAUCCAGCUGACCUCCAACCCCGGGGACUCUGUGGCCAUCAGGAAGGCCAUCACCGCCGGCUACUUCUACCAUGUGGCACGCUUCAGCAAGGGCGGCAUGUACAAGACGGCCAAGAAGGGCCAGACGGUCAUGAUGCACCCGCAGUCCUGCCUGGCGGAGGACCUGCCGCGCUGGGUGGUGUACCACGAGUUGGUCCUCACCACCAAGGAGUACAUGCGCAAUGUGGUGGUGAUCGAGGGCAAGUGGCUGCUGGAGGUGGCGCCGCACUACUACCGCGACAACGAGGUGCAGGACAUGGCCUCCAAGAAGAUGCCUAAGGUGAAGGGCAAGGCCAGGGAGGAGCUGCGCAAGGAGUACGCCGAACCCGUGGCUUAGAGGGCCAGUGUCUGUCCUCCUUGAAGGGACUUAAAACUGUAUGAAAAGGAAGACGCUGUGAGUCGUAUCAUGCACUUCUCCGGCUCGGUCCUCAUUCUGGUUGAGGGCUAACACGUGGAAACUAUAAAAUAAGGUGAAAAUGGUAACUUGGGAGCUGUGCAGAGAGUAGCAAACCCUCCACUGCCUCCUGACUCUUUUGAUAAAUGUGAAGUGAAUGAAGGAUAGCAUUUCCUGGUGUUAGGGGAAGGAUGGGUCAGUAAAAAUGUUUAGAUAAGAACAAGGAGGAUUAUUAAAACAAGUGAGGUUGAGGAGGAUGAGAUGAGGUGGGAACAAGGAGGAAUAUCAACACUAGUGAGGAUGUGAAGGAUAAAAAGAGAGAAAAGAAUGGGAAGGUUAAAGACAAAGGGAAAGAAUGAGAAGGAUAAAAGAAGACAGAGAAAAGAAUGGGAAGGUUAAAAUAAGACAAAGAGAAAGAAUGAGAAGGAUAAGACAGAGGUGAAGAAAGACAACAAUACCCCAACAACACAAGACCAAGACUUCUGCUGUAAGAGAAGCAUUAAGUCACCUCCCCCAAGGCAUCAGUGAGGAAAAAGAACACGUCAAUCUAUUUCUUUAUUGGUGCCGUAAAAACCUUGCGUACAUAAGGCUUGGUAUAGGAUGCACUGACUGGCCAUCACUAGCCUACAUACAUACAGGAAUCGAGCGCGCACAUGUGUAGGCAAUGCGCACACAAGGCCACACACUAAAGGUCGUGUCAACCAACCAUCCGAGGCGCCUAUGGAAGCCCCGGCCUCUUGUUAGUGUGUGUCUGCCAGCUCGUGUCCAGCUCUCCUAUUAGUACUCAGAUUAGGUCAGGAAUACUGUUGAAUCAAACCAUAAUGCAGUGCUUGGAAAAAAAGGCACGGAUGUUUGAAUAAGUCCAGGGAAAAGGAAUGUAAAUAAGUGAUUCAAGCAUAAAAACUGAAAAUUAUAGUGAGGAUAAAUAAUAUAAUGCCAUUGACAAGCAGUGUGUGUGAACAAGCAGAAGAGAGGGCCAGGGGGAGGAGGACCUACGAAGCAAUACAGGUCAAAAGAAAAAAGAAAAAUAGCUGUUAUCAGAGCUAAUGGUGAUAUGUUUAGAUUUUGACUAGGGUUCUGUUUUAUGAGGACAAUUUUCAAUAGUUUUUCUCAAUAUGAACUUUUUUUUUCUUCUUUUCAACAGAGGAAGCAGAGCAAAAGCAAUAAGUCAACACAAAACAGCCUGCUAACUGCUGCUCCUGUAAAUAAUAUAGAAUGAGAGGCCAAAAAGAGAGGGUCAAAUUUGGAUGGAGAGGUGUCGAAUUGAAACGAUUUACCUGAACUGGCAGACACAUCCUAAUUCACUGACAGGGCAGCAAUGUCUGACUGGCUGACGUCUCCAUCGCAGGACAAGCUUAAGAAUUACAGUAAAUGACCAGCAGCCAGUGUGACACCAAGGGACUGGGGCUUGUGACGGGACCUCCAAUGGACGAGGAGACAGACAGUAGCCAGUUUCGAUAUGGUGACUAGGGGAUGUGUGUGUCACCUAGAGUAUAUUUUUUCUAUGGUACAAGGUGUGUGUGUGUGUGUGUGUGUGUGUGUGUGUGUGUGUGUGUGUGUUCAGUUGUUUAUAUUUUGCAAGAGUCAAGCUCCUAAGUCCCAGGUCUGAAUGCCUUGGGUUUUUCACUACUGGGUUACUUGUUUUUAGUGGUGCCAAUCCACCAUCCCGGGAGGCAGGACACAACCCCCAACUGACACCUGGCACCCAUUCACUACUGGGUGGACAGGGGCACAGGUGUAUGGAGGUUGUCCAUCUGUCUCCACUCUACCUGGGAAUUGAACCCAGAAACUUGGUUAUGUGCCAAGUGUGCUAACCAAUGCACAAGGGAGCUUCAGGUAUGUGUGUGUGUGUGUGCGCGUUAUGCAACUAAGGAACUGCAUCAAUACAAGUGUAAAUAUAUAAUACAUCCAUAAAUUGUUUAAACUAUU